CAUAGUGUCUACAGAUUCUGAGAAGCUAAGUUUGCUUGUACGUAUCGGUCGAGUGACGAUAGAUUUAUUUCUGUACAUGCUUAUUUUGUGUUGAUUAAUGUUUCUCUCUUCCUUGUUCUACCUCGAGCUUUUCUAGUGGUGCCAUACGGUGUAACCAGCCUACACCCAUGUACACUUCACCGUCUGAGGCUCCGCAUUCAUCAGUACUCAUUCUGACUUUGAGUGGCCUGUGAACUGGUCCCUUAAAGAUUUGUUUUUUGGUUGCCGCCAUGGGUCUUCCUCUUGGUGACGAGUAAACCACAGCACUACAUGCGUCUUCUUCCGAAGACGAUCCAGAUAACGGACAAGGUGGUGGCUCAAACUCUGGGCUGUCGAGAAAGUCUUGGAACUUGUCGUCAAUCUCCCGUUGCUGAUCACAGUCACUGUCCUCGUAUGAUCGACCCAGGCAGCAGCUUGAAAGUGGGAUUGGAGAACGCUUUCCUGACGAUAGGCAGCAUGGAGGUGACAUUCUAUAGCAGGGUGAUCCUCUUCUACUGGAUGUCUGGCUCGAUCUCCGGCUUCGAGCAGAUGUUAAAGGCGAGAUUGAAUACGAGACUCCUGGCCUUCUGGGAUUUGGACUUCUCCGCCUAGGACUGCAUCGGGGGCUGGACUUGGUGCUGGGAGUGGCAGGAUAUGAUAUACCAGGUUGACGCGGGUUGAGCCCGGCGCUUGCACAGCUUCUAGGACUUUCAAGGUGGUGGUAACAAGGGGAAGUUGAGAGCCGCACCUCGAUGUCGUGUUCUAGGGGUGGCGGACUCUUUGGAUUGUGUUGGAGAUGCUGGUGCAGACGAUCUCGAUCGUGGUGAGCCUGUUGCUGGUGGUGUUCCAUAGGAGAUUUAGAAGAAGGCAUACCGUCUUCCAACCAGCGGAGUAUCUCGCGAAGGGCAACACUCGACUGCUUCACAGAGCUCCUUCGUUGUGACGAUGACGAUGCGGCAGAAGUGGAGCUCUCCAUCGAAGCAGCUCGGCUGAAUCUUCUUGGCUGGCACACCAUGAACGCAAACUGGCCUUGCCUGGUGAAACCGGCCGAUCCAGAAAGCCAGGCUUCUCCCUCCGUGGAGAACUUGACGAUCGAGUCUCCUUCCAUGGUUACCCGCCCCUCGCCAACUUUCAAGUUCCUCGAAGUCGACGGCUUGCUCCCUUGAGAUGCACCCAGGAUGUACACCUUGGCAUCGACUCCUAUUGGGCCUCUACCUUGGCUGAGUUCUAUGUUGAGUGGAACUACUGGAGAGACGUCGUCACAGGCAAUAGCCGUAAUGUCAAGUGCAGGAUUGGUGAUAAAAAAUCUGCAAAGCAAGCACAGAGGAGCUUUUGUUUCAAGGUGGUUUGCGUGGGACAGCAACCCAUGGCGGGGUAGCUGAGGGCCAUCUCGCCUUCUUUGGCACUGCUGACGCUGGGUAUGGUUCCAUGGCUGGUGGCUCAGCAGAACAAUGGACGGCUUUUUUGUUGCGACCACACCCUUCACAGAGGAGGAUGGCGCGAAGCAACACAAGUUACGCAGUUUUAGCCUUUGCUUCUUGGAGAAGAUCUUGAUCCCCUUGGGCAGCAGCUUCAUGCGCAUCGUGAUCGGUGUGUCAUUUGCUGGAGUCCCUGGUCUGGUCUUUCUUUUUGUUUCUAUGAUGGUGCGACUCUUGGAUCAGGUGCCAUAUCACACCACCUCUAACCGCCAGCCGCCGAGGGACGAUUCAGGUGGCUCCAGCGCAGCAGCGGUGACGGUUAGGCUUCGCGUUCACGUGAAGCCGAGUGCCUCCCAUUCGGUUGUGCUUGCGGAUGGACACUCUGAACAAGCUGUGCUGUGUGGUUCCGCCGGCUUCCGCCGGAGAGAUCGUGGCACCCUCACCGAUCAACGAAGACGAAGUCAAGAAGAGCUUGAUCGCUAGGGGGAGUUCCGUGGUUAGCGUCGACAGCAGCGAUGGGUUUGGGAUUAUCAUCAGCAAGGAUGUCAUCUUGACAACCAGUUCUACGUUUCCGGAUCCAGCGGCUGCGGAAGGUGCAACCGUCAACGUCCGUACUCCAGCCGCGUCGCUCGAGCUCAAGUUGUGGCCUCAGAGAUUCUUCGUGACCAACAGGGACUUGGACCUGACACUCGUCGCUUGCGACUCCAUCACGACAUCAGACGUGUCGCCGCUCAUGUCCGACGCCUCCAAGAUCUCUAGGCAAUCACUGGAGGCGGGCUCUAAGGUGUACAUUCUGGGGUAUCCCAGGGGGAGCAAGAUGGGCUCCAAGUCCAGUGCAGCGCUCGGAGAGGGGAGAGUGACGGUGAAGGAGGACAAGUUCUUGAGGAUCCAGACGGAUGGCCUGGUCUGGGCAUCUGGCUCCGCCGGUUUCAACGAGCAGGGCCAGCUCGCGUUCGUGAUUUGCAAUCCCCACCAGUCCUUCGCAGCGGGGUCGUCAUCGAUUCACGGAGAAGAGCGGAGGGACGACAAGCAAUCGGGUGUUUCCAUCGGGGACGUUUGCUCGCGGCUCAUUCAAGUUUGAAUGGGAAUAUGCUCCGGGGAUCUAUAUCUGGUUGAGUCAGCAAGCAUCAAGCGUCAUCUGUUACGCGCAAGCGUGACACGUGGCCCCAGCCACUUAUCCCACGGCUGUCCUCGUCCCCGCCCCUCCCUGUGGAGUGCCGGCGCCCAAGAGGUUCCUCUCUCCCGCUCUCUCUGGUCUAGUCCGGGCUAUGGCGUAGAUAACGGAAGCAAGCAAGAAGGGGUCCUCCAUUUGUGUCGAGGCUAGUUCAUUGGAAAUGCGGCCGUGGUUUGGAGGAUGGGACACCGCAGACUGUAGUUGCCAAAGGUUUCGAGUAAUGGACAGCAUGGAAGCCGCGAUUGCAGCUGGAGUUGGCGCUCAUCCUUCGGCAACAGCAGCUAAGAGGCCUCAGCUCCCCAAUAAUUUCUUCAAGUUUCCUGCUCCAGCGCGUCUCAAAGCGAUCCAGCACUACAUAAAUUCGUUUGAGUACAAGCAAACACCGACAACCAGCUUCAACUCUCACAAGUUCAGACCACUGUCACGCAUCAUGGACACUGCGAAGAUGAUGAUCUAUUCACCGCAACCGAUCAAGUGCGUGGAAGCAGUUUUUCUCGCGCUGUAUCUCACAGCAGGCAUGCAGGAUGUUGAGCGCAUCCCUUUGAGUUUCAAGACACAAGAGGACGACAAGGUGCACCAACAUAUAGUCUUACUGGUUCGCUACGGGGACAAGUAUGGCGCGUUUGGGAUAAGCCGGCGGACGGACCUCAUGAACAAGGAGUUCGACUACGACAAUAUAUCGAGCAUUGUCGAGAACUACAAGCGAGCAUACGAGAACCACAUGCACACUGUGCUCAAGAUACGCAUUGGCCUUCCGGUGGAGCACAACGUUGAGUCUUACAAUUUCAUCUGCUGGCGAUAUUUGACGAUCGCCCCUUGCACGCAGCACUGGCAACAAUGCUGUGACGAGAUGGACAGACACGUCCAGCAGGGCAAGAAGCUGUGGGAGAAGUGGUUGAUCGAGGGACAAGGCGGAGCUGCCAAGACAUCUGCUUUCAGGCAGUGCCAGAAGAAAGAGGACGAUCCAAGGGCGAGGCCGUCGAGUGUUUCCGCAGCGCUGGUGACAAAGCAGGUGACGACGGCUGCUACAGCCAAGGAUUCAAGGCGGCCAGGGUCGCGCUCGAGAACUUUCAGGCUCGCAAGGGCCGAGGCGAGCGGCACUGGUAAGUUACAGAGACGAGCAACACCACAACAGCCAGAGUGGGCUUUUGUGACGUACCUUCGAUUAGAUAUUUCAGUGAGGACUAGAAGGGUGGAAGGACAGAGAAUGCGCAAGCAAAUUUGUUCCCUUGCCCGGUUUGUAAAACUGGUUUGGUUGAAAAUAACUGCUAUAAAUCAUUUCUCCAUCGUUUUAGCUCUGCCACUUCUCGCAUGAAGCUCUUUGUGAUUACUGUCAUGGCUGCUUUGCAAUGCGCUAGUCUUGCACUGAGCCCCGACUUCUAUAGCGAGUCCUGCCCGGAAGCUCGGGCCACGGUCCUCGGUGUGUUGAAGAAAGCCUUGAAGCGAGACAAGAGGAUGGCGGCAUCGUUGCUUCGUCUCCACUUCCACGACUGCUUCGUCAACGUAAGUAGUGUCCCUGGCAUUGUGAUGGAUCAUCCACACAACCUCUUGUGCGGCAGGGCUGCGACGGCUCCGUGUUGCUGGAUGACUUUCCGGGCUUCACUGGAGAGAAGACGGCACUCCCAAACGCAAACUCGCUGCGCGGAUUCGAGGUUGUAGAUGAGAUGAAAGCGGCGCUGGAGAGGAACUGCCCGGGCGUUGUGUCGUGCGCGGACAUCCUCGCACUCGCUGCUCAGCUCUCCGUUGAGAUGGUAACUGUAUAGCGUUGUUCUUCCAAGCUCACGGGUGGUAAAAGCGAUGGAUGCAGAGGGGCGGGCCGAGAUGGAGUGUGGAGGUGGGAAGAAGGGACGCGUUGAGCGCGAGCCGCAUUACCGCAAACAACGACAUCCCCCCGCCAACGUCCAACGUCUCGACGCUGGUGUCCCUGUUCCAGAAGCAAGGGCUGUCGGUCCGAGACAUGGUGAUCCUCUCAGGUUCGUGAGCCCUUCCAAGGUGUAACUUGUGACGACGCUCCCAGUCUGGCAGGUAGCCACACACUGGGGCUGGCACGCUGCACCACCUUCAAGCCCCGGAUCUACAACCACACGGGAACGCUGCGUGCCGACCCCGAGUUCGGCAGGGAGCUGCUGGUACGCUCCCGAAUCCACUGCCCGCGCUUUGGCCACGGCAACCAGACGCUGGCGCUCGACUACCAGUCCCCGCAUCGCUUCGACAACUACUACUUCCGCAACCUCCUGGAGCGCAAGGCCCUCCUCAACUCGGACCAGGUGCUCACGUACCAGUCGCCGCUCACCCGCGCGCUCGUCACCAAGUACGCCUACGACCAGCCCACCUUCUUCGCGCAUUUCG